ACGGUUUUGACGAAAAAAUUUGUUUUUUCAAUUUUGGCAGGAAAACUUGAUUUCUCGGUUUUGACGGGAAAACUCGAUUUUCCAAUUUUGGCGGAAAAACUCGAUUUCCCGAUUUUGGCGGGAAAUUUCGAUUAUCUAAUUUUGGCAGGAAAACUCGAUUUUCCAAUUUUGGCGAUUUCCCAGUUUUGGCGGGAAAACUCAAUUUUUUCGUUUUUGGCAGGAAAACUUGAUUUUCCAAUUUUAGCAAGAAACUUCGAUCUUUUGCAAUUUUGAUGAAAAGCUCAUUUUUAAAAUUUUGAUAUAAUUUUCUUUUUUUGCAAUUUUAGUGAAUAACUCAAUAUUAAGGAUUUGAGAAUCAAUAUUACGGAUUUGUGAGAAAAAUUCUCCAAAAAUUUAUCUAAUAGGGUCAAUCCUGUCAAAACCGUUUACUAAAUCUAACAACCUAUAUAACAACCCUACAGGCACUUGAAUACUCUGAACAGACUGCAUAAGCCAAAGACUUUGUUGACAAGCGCAAAAGUGAGUUUGGAGCAAAGAUGGCAGACGAUUUAAAUACUGUCCACAUACUCCAGGGUGCUUACCAACGUGCAUUGGAAUUCAUCAACGCUUCCAUCGGCGAGCUCAAGAAAAUGCUGAGUUAUGCAGAGAGGAUGUCACUGUUUGUGUCACUCUUUGAGAUUGAGAAAGCAGCCAGGGAAGUUCUUGAUGUGCUUGGUUUACUCAAUGACCUGAGCUGUGCCGAGAUUUUGAAAGAGAUGAAGCAAAAAGCACUAACAAGAGCAGGAUUGAGCGAAGAGGACUUUUCACAGAAGAUGGAAGAAAGGACAAUGGCGCGGAAGAACAAAGAUUUUUAGAAAAGUGAUCAGAUUAGAGCAGAGCUGGAAAUUAAAGGAAUAAAAUUAAUGGAUAUUGGCAAUGAAACUGUGUGGAGGCCAUGCUUAACUUCUCAGGCUAAUUCCAGGGACUACGCAAAAGAACAUAAAGAGAAAGAUAAGUCAAACACUUUAUUCUCAUUCUUAUUUUUAGGCUUUGUUUAAGACUGUUUUUUAUUACUCUGUUUUAGUAUUUUGCCAAUGAUUCCUAAUAGACACUUGUUGCUUUAAAAAAAACACAUAAUCUAUCAAACCUAAGCUGAGCUCAACAUUGCUCUUAGAAUAUUGUUAUCAUAAAGCAGACAGAAAAAAUCAUAUUGUUCAUUAUCUCUUUAGUACUUGUCUCAUGUCAGGUUGUACUUCCAGUUUUUAAAGUGACAAUUGGUAUAUGUAUAACUCAAUACGUAUGUUGAGUUUUGGUCCUUUGGACUAGUAAACCAUUACUCCCUCUUUUUCAAAAAGACAUAUGUUCUAAAAUUUUAUGCAUUUGAAGAAAACAUAUGAAACUUUGAUUAUCAAUGCAUUAUUUUGUAAUUAGUUAUUUUCCAUAACUUUUAACCAAAAAAAAAUUAAUAACCACAAUUAUAUUUUGGAAGUUCGCAAUUUCUCAUUAAUUAAUAAAUCAAAAAUAUAAAAAAUGUAAUUUUUGAAACAAUUUUUUUCUUUUAAAACAAGAUCUUUUCUGAAAGGAGGGAGUAUAAUUUUUAAGCUGAUAUUGACUGACGAUCCGAUGAGGAAAUUGACUAAACCAAGUCAACAACCCAAAGCGUGUUCCACUGACUUGUGUCCCAACUUUCUUCAAUAUCUUGAACCAGUCUUUGUUUCUCAUCGCCACUUUGCCGUGAGUCAUGGUUUCAAAGACAGUUUCCUCAAAGACUUAAUGGACCUCCAACCAAAACGUCGACCUCAUAAAGCUUCACCACUUUCAAUAAAAUCAUCGAUCUUUCAGGUCUUAACAGCUUUACUCCUCACAAUCUUCGUCUUGAUGUGAUAAUCUUUCGUGUUCCUUUCUUCCCACGCAACAAAGUCUAAGUUUCUAGGGUUUCACCAAAAUUUGUCAACGACAUGGACGAAGAAUCUGCUUCUAAUGGCUCCAUCUUCAGAAACUUUGAAGGAGAAGAGAUGAUGGGAAAAGUAAUCCUUUUUGCAAUCGUAUCCCUCUUUACAGCGAUUCUCUUCCUCCUCUUGCUUCAUCUCUACGCUAGGCUCUUCUGGUGGCGCGUAGAGCACCAUCUCAACCUAAACCUAACCCAACCCGACACUCCUGGCUCCACAGUCAUCGGCCGCAACAACCAACGACGUCGUUUCGUCUUCGCUCAAGGCCAAGAAGUUCCUCCUCGCAACGCCGGUCUCGACUCUACAACCCUCCAGUCCAUCCCGAUCCUUGUUUUCAAGUCUUGUGACUUCAAAGACGGGCUAGAAUGCGCUGUUUGUCUCUCUCAUCUCGUUGAUGGGGACAAAGCUAGGGUUUUGCCAGGGUGUAACCAUGGGUUCCAUGUUGAUUGCAUCGACAUGUGGUUUCAGUCUCAUUCCACUUGUCCUCUCUGUAGAAACACCGUUGGUUCUGUGGAAGAGACAAGACAUGGAGGGAAUGAGGGUUUGUUGUCUCAAAAUCAAAACUUUGGAUCUGGGCAUUCAUCUCAAGAUCAGAGCUCUGUUCUUGGGUUUCCGACAGAACCUCAGAAUUUUCCGACAAAUGUACUAGUUUGGGGAGAUCACAAUCAAGUUAGAAGUACAGGUCUCGUAGUUACUGAAGAUCUUGGUUCUAGUGAUCAUCAACAUGAAUCUACUAGUAGUACUAAUAGCUGUAACAGAGCGCAGGAAGUAAGGGAAGUUGUGGUGGAUAUUCCAGUGAGUUCAAGUGAGAUAUCAUCGGCCGAGAUAAUCCAAGAAGAAGAAGAACCGAAGUCACCGAUGUUCACAAGGUUGAGAUCACUUAAGAAGUUGUUGAGUAGAGAGAAGAAAGGUGUUGUUUGCAUUAAUGGUUCAAGCGGUACCAAUAACAGCAAUCUUUGAAAUAAUAGCUAAUCUUGAAUCCAUUCAACAAUUUAUGUUUUGGUAUGUUUUACGAGAAGUGUGACAUGUAUAGUGUGAUUCAAAUCAACAUUACUAGAGAUGAUUUAUUAAACUAUGGUUGAUAUACAUACAGUAGAGUCAAAUUCUUGCAAUGGUUUCUGUACUUUUACAUUUAUCAUUACUUGGGAAAAUAACAUUAUAUUAAAGGGUGACAAACCAUAUAAUAUAAUGGAACAUGAACAAACUAAAGAGUAAUUUGAGCAACAUAAAGCCUAAGAAACAAAAACACAAGUGUCGAGUUUAUGAAGCAGUUGACAUUUGCAUAGGUGUCACAUUCUCUACAUAAUCCAUAAGAAUGUGAACUUAAGGUUGCUCUUUAAAUGCUUUAACUCCUCGAAUUUGACUCUUCUGAUAGUGUACCUGUUCAAGUCUCGAUUUUCACCUGUUCCAGAAAGUCCAAUCCAUUUAUGUUUCUAGACCAUUGAUGACUAAAUAUUUAUGUGGUGUCUUGCAUUGUGAGAAUGCUAUGCGAUCCUCCAAGGCUUGCAUAUAGUUCAUGAUGAAGAAAGCCAGAGAUUUUUUCGUUGGUGAAUGUUGCAUUGUAUUCAGUUAUCAGGAUAUAGAUACAGUCACAUAGUUGAAUAUCUAAACUAAUGAUCUUGUUAAGGAUUCUUGUACAAAAUUCUUUACAAACAUGUUUAGUCUUGUAUACACAUUCUUUACCAAUUUAGUAUCUUCAAUCUAUAUAUAUACUAGGGUUAAACCCAGCUGUGAGUAAGUGAAAAAGCAAGGUUCAAAAGAAAAAG